AUGUCAAAAAAAUUUUUGUCAAAGACUAAUCUCAAUUAUGCAAUUGAUGUGUAAUUAGGAUUAGAAAAUCCUUUAAACAGAUUCAAAGAGAUUAACGAUAGUCAGAAGGAAGAGUAUGAGAAGGAAUUUUAGGAAUUUUACGAGAAUGACUUAAAAACUGGUUUCUAUAUUCAUUAAGAUUAGGAAGAUGAUGAAGAUGAAGAAAAAGAUGCAAAUUAAGAUAACGAAGAUAAUUAAGUAGAAAAAGAACUUGUGUAAUUCUACAAUUACAACUUACAAAACGAAUGGUGGCAUAUUGAUGAAGAAAACAAUAAUUAAAUUGUUCUCUUCAACUCAAAUGGCAACGUUAUUCCACAAUUAGAUUAAAGUAAGGCAAAAGACUUUUUCAAACUUAUUCAGUAGCAAAACAUGAUUAAGUUGCUUCAAGAAUUUUACAAAAAGUAUGAUUACGUACUCAUUAUGAUCUACAGUAGCAAAAAAGGAAGUGAUUAAAUUUUAGAUACUAUUUCAAGCAAAAUUUCUAAAUCUUCUAAAAGCUAAGUUUCAUCAAAGAAGACACAUUAUACUUAGAUUGAUGAAGAAAAAACUGACUUCAAAAGAAUUAGCAUUUUUGUUUCAAAGUUUGAUUUUACAGAUGAUGAAGAAAGUAUGAAGAAUAAAGCAUAUACUUUUGAUGAAUUGGAAAAAUUAUUGAAGGAAUACGAAAAGAACAACGAUGUUUUAAUUUUCCCUGUGAUAGUAAAAGAAGAAAUUAAAGAUAUUAUUGUUGAAGACUUUGAUGAAAAGCUCGCUGAAAAGAUUUAUUCUUAUUGUCAAUAGCACAGAUAUGAGUGUCUUUAUGACUCAGAAUCAGAAAAUGAAGCUAAUUAAGAUGAUGACGAUGAUGAAGAAGAAGAAGAGGGUGCUGAAGAAUCUUCUGAUGAAGAAGAUAGCAAACCUUAAGAUAUAUACGUCUAAAAAACUGAAUGA